AGCGGGCGGGCUCUCGCACACGAGCGCUUCCUCGCCGAGGGGUUGGAGCUGCGCCGCGCAGGCCUGGGCCGCCGAGUCUCCGCGGCCGCGUCGGUCCGACCCGGGGCUCGGGCCGCUCGCCCGCCGCCCGCCUCAGUUGAGACUUGACUCGAUUUUCACUUGGAAGAUUGAUCGGAGCAGUUGCCUAGUUGGAGACACCGUGGGAAAAGUGAUGCUGAGGAUCUUAGAGUCUUAAGGACAUGGCUCAGAGAAAAUCCUGAACUUGGAUCAUGUCAGGAAUUUAACAAGAAGAAACUGAAGUUUUGAUUCAAAUAUUUUUUGAAUUGAAGCCAGAAAUGUGCUAGGAUUUUGAUUCUUUCAUUUGAUUAAGGUAUGGUCUGAACAUGCGCUGUUUGGCAGCUCGGGUCAGCUACAAGACUCUGAUUGUUAUCUGUGCGCUCUUCACUUUGGUCACAGUACUUUUGUGGAAUAAGUGUUCUAUCGACAAAGCAAUCCAGUUUCCACGGCACUUGAGCGGUGGAUUCAGAGUGGAUGGAUUAGAAAAAAGAACAGCAGCAUCUGAAAGUAACCACUAUGCCCUCCACGUGCCCAAGCAGCAAUCGGAGGAGGCAUUUCCUCAGGAGCAACAGAAGGCACCCCCUGUCGUCGGGGGCUUCAACAGCAACGGAGGAAGCAAAGUGUUAGGUCUCAAAUAUGAGGAGAUUGACUGUCUCAUAAAUGAUGAACACACAAUUAAAGGGAGACGAGAGGGAAAUGAAGUUUUUCUUCCAUUCACUUGGGUGGAAAAAUACUUUGAUGUUUAUGGAAAGGUGGUUCAAUAUGAUGGCUAUGAUCGAUUUGAAUUCUCUCAUAGCUAUUCCAAAGUCUAUGCACAGAGAGCCCCUUACCAUCCUGAUGGUGUGUUUAUGUCCUUCGAAGGAUACAAUGUGGAAGUCCGAGACAGAGUCAAGUGUAUAAGUGGAGUUGAAGGUGUGCCAUUAUCGACACAGUGGGGACCUCAAGGCUACUUCUACCCAAUCCAGAUUGCACAGUAUGGGCUAAGUCAUUACAGCAAGAAUCUAACCGAGAAACCCCCUCACAUAGAGUUAUACGAGACAGCAGAAGACAGGGACAGAAACAUCAGACCUAAUGAAUGGACUGUGCCUAAGGGCUGCUUCAUGGCCAGUGUGGCUGAUAAGUCUAGAUUCACCAAUGUUAAACAGUUUAUUGCUCCAGAAACCAGUGAAGGUGUGUCUUUGCAGCUGGGAAACACAAAAGACUUCGUUAUUUCAUUUGACCUCAAGCUCCUAACGAAUGGGAGUGUGUCUGUGGUUCUGGAGACCACAGAAAAGAAUCAGCUCUUCACUGUGCAUUACGUCUCAAACACCCAGCUAAUCGCUUUUAAAGACAGGGACAUAUACUAUGGCAUUGGGCCCAGAACUUCGUGGAGCACAGUUACCAGAGACCUGGUCACUGACCUCAGGAAAGGAGUGGGUCUUUCUAACACAAAAGCUGUCAAGCCAACCAAAAUCAUGCCCAAAAAGGUGGUUAGGCUGAUUGCAAAAGGGAAAGGAUUCCUGGACAACAUUACCAUCUCAACCACAGCCCACAUGGCUGCAUUCUUUGCCGCUAGUGACUGGCUAGUGAGGAACCAGGAUGAGAAGGGUGGAUGGCCAAUUAUGGUGACCCGGAAGUUAGGAGAAGGCUUUAAGUCUUUAGAGCCAGGGUGGUACUCUGCUAUGGCACAAGGGCAAGCCAUCUCUACCUUAGUCAGGGCCUAUCUUCUAACAAAAGACCUUGUAUUCCUCAAUUCAGCUUUAAGGGCAACAGCCCCAUACAAGUCCCUGUCCGAGCAGCAUGGAGUUAAAGCUGUGUUCAUGAGUAAACAUGACUGGUAUGAAGAAUAUCCAACUGCACCUAGCUCUUUUGUCUUAAAUGGCUUUAUGUAUUCUUUAAUUGGGCUGUAUGACCUAAAAGAAACAGCAGGGGAGAAGCUUGGCAAGGAAGCAAAGUCCUUGUAUGAGCGAGGCAUGGAAUCUCUGAAAGCCAUGCUGCCCUUGUAUGAUACCGGCUCUGGGACCAUUUAUGACCUCCGCCACUUCAUGCUGGGCAUUGCUCCCAACCUGGCCCGCUGGGACUACCACACCACCCACAUCAACCAGCUGCAGCUGCUCAGCACCAUCGAUGAGUCCCCAAUCUUCAAAGAAUUUGUGAAGAGGUGGAAAAGCUACCUUAAAGGCAGCAGGGCAAAGCACAACUAGAGCUCGAAACCAAAAGUGCAUUCCAGCCUCUUCUGAGCUCAAGGGCUGAGCUCUGUGUCAGCAGCAGGGCCAGCAACGCGUCGCACAUUUUAACUAGCUUGUGUUCUGGGUCUGUGGGUCAUAGCAACGUGAGAAGAAACCCUUACAGUUAGUCUUCUGAAACAGUUGCAUUCCGUGGGUCAGGUGCUUAGAAAUGUAGGCGCGGAAAGUGUUCAGUCAGUGUGCUGAACAAAGAUGUGAUUCGGCCUCCAUGCAGAGUUGCUCUGGGUCUGUGCAAGGCGAUGGUAAGGUGCUGCUAGCCUGCUGCCCAGCACUUACCUCAGACUUAGAGUGGAGUGCUUUCAGAAUGUGACUGUUUAUAUUUAUAUGAAAGCAGGCCUUUAGAAAACUGCGUGCAGCCUGGAUCGUGAACUGUGGUUUUAAAAACUGUUUCUUUCCCGUAGAUUGAUUUCCUGGGAGGGAGUAAGCAUUUGUUGCAUUUUUGUUCAAUUGUAUAUGAAAAAUAUUUUGAAUUAUGGUUUUCUUGAACUAUGUAUAUUUAAACAUAGCCCGUGUUCAGGUUUCAUGGUCACAUAACAUAAGCACAACUAAAAUGAAACUUGUUGACUGCACAAGAAAUUACAGACAUGCUAUGUUUUAUGAAACUUGAUCUACAAUCAGUAAGUUUGAUAAUCGUCUUCCCCCCCUCUGUUCCCAAUGCAGUGUGUCUUUGUCACUAUCUAUAAUGCUACAUUUCAUUUCAUGUAUACUUCAGUAAUUUUGUCCACUUAGAGGACAUUACCUAGAAUAUUACUUAUAAGCCUAAAUUUGUGACAGACCUAAUCAUGAUUUGAAGCUGAUCACCAGUUCCUUUUAGGAUGUUUCUCCCUUAAAAGAAAAUUGCUAGGUUAAAUGUUACAUUCAGGAAUCAAAGUGAAGUUCUUCCUGCCCAGAUUGUCACCAUCACUUUUCAUAUCGUUGCACACUGUUUCUCAGAAGCGUCAUUUUGAAUGACUCAAGCAUUGAAAUAGGGAAGAUAUUGCUGUCUGUUGGUGUGUGCCAUCAGAUCUGUAAGUUGGUGUCAGAGUCCUCACGCCAUGGGCAGUGUCUGUGCUAGGGCUUCAGGCAUUUGGUAAAAGCAACAGGGAUUGGUUUUGCUCUGGUUUUUGUUUAAGGUGUGAUAAAAUGGAGACAGAUGGGUAAUGUGAGCCUCACACAGUUUCUAGGGACAAACAACGGAGUUUACUGUGCUGUCUUCAGAGGCACCUUUAAGAGCCAGGUGGAUGGUCUGCCUACACAUUGUACUUCCGCUGAGUUCGGCUACCAGACACUGCUGAACAGGAAUGUGUAAGUAUUGCACACAUACACAUACAUACGUCAAACAUGUCCGCAUCAAAGGAGACAGGAGACAAGGUCUCUACUGAAGACGAUAUUGAGCUGUUGAAAAAUAAGCCUGGACUCCCAGUUUAUAUGCCCACACCUUAAUUUUGUCUACAAUGAAACCAGCGAGGUCAUUAGGUUCCUCAGCUUUUACUACCGCUGUGGUUCUCACACACUAGGUGUUUCAGCAACAUCCGAACAUGCACAUUUUGUCUCAGCAAUAAAAAUGAGGACUCCCUUUUUAUUUUCAGUACCUAUGUUCAAAACAGGCUUGCCCACCUGGGAACAGUGUUCGCUCUAUCAGAUUUGUUACUGGAGUGGUCCUGGCUUCUGCUCUCUGUUUGCAUAUAGGUCUUCAGAUGAGAGGAGUCAGUGAAAUCAUCCUGGUACUGCUUUUGUGACAAACACCAGUGCCUUACCAAUGUGGUUGUCCUUUUCUACUGAAGACGGAAGGUUUUUGGGUUUUUUUGUUUUGUUUUGUUUUUGGGUGUAGAAAUAACAGUUCACUGCUGUUGCUUUUCCACUGCCUUCCACGUUGCAACAGCUACUUGUCUUGAGAUGCCAGAACUCCCUAAGAGGUCACAUGGAGCCUGUGACGGUGACAGCACUGUUAGCGCUCGGCUUGUCAGACUUGAGGGCACUUCUGUGACACUGGGGGUUCACAAAAGUGAGACUGUAGGUGUGCAGAAAGUCUGCCUGUGAAGUGGGAUCCAUAGCAUGCUUAAUAGGUGAUGCUGCUUUGGGGGAGCUGGGGAUAUGUAGAGGAGCGCUGCCUGGGACCCAUGACAACAUUACCUAGGUUUUUAAAUCGUGUAAAUGUUUACUUAUCCUGAGUCUAGAGAGAAUGGGGCGGGUAUUUUAAAUUUUUGUUGUGUUUCUUUAAAAUUUUUCUUCAAAGGUAUUGGUUUGGUUCACUUUUCUGAAUUAGCUUCCAUGUUGAAUCUUUUGCCAUAUCAGUAGUAAAACAGCCAAAAGUUUCUAAACAAAGGGCAAGUUUGGCCCUUUAGGAGUUACUGUAUAUAACGCUUCAUUCAAGAGCACGCAGCAUCCAUGAGCAAGUGCAGAAAUGACACAGCACUCUCCAGAUGUGGCGGGCUGCUCUCUUUGUUGGUGUACAGGCUCACCAAAAGCUGCUGGUUUUGUUCUUGUAAUUGUUUCCUUGCUUCUCCAUUGUACAUGUGGGGCAUAUGCCAUGUGUCGAAUAUGCAAUAACGUGUUUACCGGAUGCCCUUCCGGAGGGUGGUCCUCUGUAAAGCUGUACAGCCUUUGCAGUUCAAGCACAAUGUGCACGUUAGUUUUCUAUACAGCGAAACUUGAUUUUUUCAAAUUGAAAGGUAUUUUGUUUCUAUAUAAAGUUUAAUGGGUUGUUUGUGCUUAAUGUAAAGCUGCUUUAUAAAAUUGUAAAAUAAAGUUUUUAUCUUGAAAAGGAA